GGUGAGCCAAUUCCGGCAAGGCAUUUGCGGCGUGGCCGCCCGCCCUCCAGCCCGAGGGGGCGGACGCAGCCCCUCCGGCGGCGCCGGGAUCCCAGCUGAGCCCACGCUCACUCCCGGCCUCCCCCGAGCCAGCCGCUGGGGGCGUCGGCGCCACCCCCAGAGCUGCGGACCCCCGGGCCUGGAGGGUUUAGGACUGGGGUCGCCUCCGGGCUCCAAUCCCUUAUUGGAAUCCACCGCCGCGGGGAUGGGGGCCGGCUGUCCAACUUCAGCGCCAGAGGCCUGCGGCCCCCUUUCCUUCCGGCCAGCACCCCCUCCCCCUCGGUACGUGCACAAGGCGUCCAAGGCGUCGGAAAAAAGUCCCUGGGUGGCUUAUUAAUGACACGGGCAGGCAAAACAAACAAAAAACAAAAAACCACACGCGCUGCCCAGAAUUCCGGCCCUGGUGAAAGAAAGUCCGAAGAAGAGGCAGCCGGCCGGGCAGAGAGGUCCUGGGAGAAAGGUGUCAAGAAAUCUUGGGGAGGCCCAGGCCGCUGGAGACAUCUCAGCUACCGAGGUUCCAAUUAGGAAGGGGUUCUGGGAGUGGACGGGACAAAUUCUUGUCCUGCCGGCCCUGCUCAGAGAGGUGUGAGCGCCACUGGACCAGAGGUGGGGGCUGGGCCUCAGAUAGCCAAAGGGUCCCCACCCUACAGGCAACUGUUGGACCUGGGACAGCCAGGUCCCCCCUCUGACUCCCAGACCAAGCCUGAUGCCUCUUCCCCUAGCGCCUGGAGACUCUGCCCUUCUCAAGACUUUGUGUCCCAGUGCAAGUAUCAGAAGACCUUGGCUUUGGGUCUGCAGCACUGGCAGUCUUCCCUCUGGGGGCCCCGACCUUCCUUGAGCACCUGCAAAUUCAGAUGCCCCCGGCUCCUCUUUGAAGCUUUCCCUGCCGCUUACAACCCCCUGCAGAUGCCUUCAUUCACCUAAGUCACUCUAUUGUGGUCAUUUACCUCACCUGCCGGUGCAUGUGUCUAGACGAGAAGCCGCUUGAGGGCCAGACCCAGGCCCUAGUCACAUCUACAUCCCAUGCACAUCCCGAACAGACAGCAGGAACCUCAGGACAGACCCAGCAGUGCUUGUGGGAGCCGGCGGGGCCGUUUCGGCCGCCUUCUGCAGACCCCGUCUGGGAGGGGAUGGGGCGGCUGAGCCAUGUGUACCACCCUCUUCCUGCUCAGCACCUUGGCCAUGCUCUGGCGCCGCCGAUUCGCCAACCGGGUCCAACCAGAGCCCAGCGGACUCGAUGGGGCGGUCGUGGGCAGCAACGUGGACACAGACCUCCAGUCCUCAGGCAGGGAGAAAGAGCCUCUGAAGUAAGUCCUCAUCUCUUCAGGCAGAGCUCGGCCCUGGGGACUGCGAUCAGCUGGCAGAGGCAGCACGUACCGGGAGCCUGCAACAUACACACCUUGUGGUAGGUGCCAGCGAUGAAGGGGGACAGUGCCCCACCUGCCAGUGAGGACGACAGAAAGAUCCUGGCCGAGGGAGCCCAGUCGCGCCCGCUCAGCCACUGCCUGGUCACAUGAGCUUUCCUUCUCCGGACCUCAGUCUCCCCAUUUACUAGGCAUGUGUUGAGUCGAACCCAAGUGGGCUGAUGCCAGGGCGGAAAGGACUCAUGACCACCCUCAGAGAAAGAACCGUCUGGUAAAAUGGAGGCGAUGGACCACUUGACCUCUGGGGGCCCUCCAGACUGUCCCGGUCAAAAGAGACUAUAAUGGACUGUCUUUGGAGAUGCUGGCAGUCAUCCGCCCACUCGGCAAAUGUUUAUGGAGCGCCUGUGUGCCAGGCACUGUGGAUGCAGAAAUGAAGAAUUCCUGCCACAGACAAUCAGGAAAUUGGGCCAAGCAGAAGAAACAGACGCUUGACAACAGGCAGCACACAGGCUGGUGACCCCAGGACUGUCUCGGCAUCUGCCUGUUCCCUGCCUGUGGCAGGGGGAGGGGAAACCAAGCGGACCGCAGUGGUCUCGUCCGGGUGAGGAGACGAGAUCAGAGCUCAAGAGAGCGUGGCGUUCCUAAGGAUAUGCACACGUCGGUGGGAUCCCCAAACAGACACGGGGAAGGUGAUCCGAUGGAGGAAAAAAAAAAAAAGCCCUCUGGAGAGAAUACAGAAAGCACUAACCGUCACAGAAACACGGAAAGAUUGGGCUUGAUCGAAUUCUUGGAAAGACACUAUUUGCCAAGCAGAAAUCUGAGAAAGGACCUGUAUCCAAAACACACAAAGAAGUUUUACAAUCCGAUAAGAAGUCAGCCCAGUGAAAGGGGGAGGGUUUUGAUAGACACUUCACAAGAAGGUAUACAUACGGCCAAUAAACGCAUAAAAAAAGAUACACAGUAGUGUGAAUCAUCAAGGGAAUUAAAUGCAAAAUAAAAAACAUGCAAAUGAAAACCACAUUGAGAUACUAGUGCACGCUCACAUGAAUGCGUAAGAAGACAGACCAUAACAGGCGUUGGUGAAGGUACGGAGCAGCUGUUACCCUGGAAGACACUGCUGGGAAACCAGUUCGGCUGUUUCCUAGCAAGUUAUCCAAGAGGAAUGAAAGCACAGGGCCACACCAAGGUUUGUACAGAGGUGUUCACAGCAGUGUUAUUAAUAACGGCUCCAAAGUGGAAACAACCCAAAUAUCCAUCAACAGGUGAAUGAAUAAACGAGGGCUGUACGGAAUUCUGGUCAGCGAUAAAAAGGCAACGAACCACUCUGUGGGCCACAACCCGGGGCACCGCGAGGAGCCAGGCACAAAAGAACACCCUCCUGUAUGAAUCCGUUUAUAGGAGAUUCUAGAACAGGCAGAACUAAUCUGCAGCGACAGAAAGCAGAUCAGUGGUUGCCUGGGGCCAGGGCUGGAUCUGGAGACUGUGAAAUAAAACCCGAGGUGCUCUUCAGGGCGAUGACAGGGUUCUAAAUCGUCCACCGGGGUGGCGGUUACGCGGGUGUAUCACUUACUGGACUAUCGAAUCGUACAUUUUAAAUGGAUGCGUUUGAUUGUAUGUAAAUUACACCUCAAUAAA